CACCGACUCAAACCAUUACUCUUAAUUUAUAAGUUUCUUUCUUGUAGUUCUCUCUCUAGCUCUGUCUCUCUGGUCAUAUCAUCAAUUGAAGCUUCAACAAUGGUGGAUCUUCAAACUGUGUGUUGUAUGUGUGGAGAUGUGGGCUUCCCUGACAAGCUUUUCCGCUGUAGCAAGUGCCACGACCGCUUUCAGCACUCGUAUUGCAGUAACUACUACAGCGAAUCAUCGGAGCCAAUUGAACUGUGUGAUUGGUGUCAAAGCGAAGAAAGAAGUGUAAGACACGGUGGAUCUUCCAAGAAAUCAUCACUGGGAACAGAUAGGGGGGUUAACAGUAGAUCUCACUACGCCGGCGAGAAAGUGAAGCAACGUGAUCGGGAAGAGGGUGCGGACAAGGGAAAGAAUCCCAGCGGUGUGCCUUCGCCACGGCCUAGUACUCGCAGGUACAAGCUUCUCAAGGAUGUAAUGUGUUGAGUGAGAGUAGAGGUGUGUGAAAGACUGAAAUUUGUGUCCAUAUUAGUUUGCAAAUGUUAAUUAUAUAUAUAUAUAUAUAGUAUAAGUUGUUUUGAGGAGUGUUUUGAGUUUACAUGAGUUGUGUUUGGGGUAUGGUUUCUAGCAAGAGUUGUUAUGAUUUUAAUAAUGGAAAUUCCUCUCCCUCUCUCUAUAUAUGUGUCUGUUUAUGGAAUUUUGAGCAGCUCUUGCCAGCUGAUUCAGCUCGUGAUUUUAUGCUCAUAUGGUAGUAUUAUUUUAUGUUGUU